AUGGCCAACCGCGACGAGUGGAUUCAACUGAGCGCUACGAGAGACGAGAUCGUCCGUAGCAAUAUUUUCGUCAAGCUUGAAGAUGGAGACGGAUGGAAGUCAAAACCCGAAAUUCCCACGGCCAAGGAAAUCCUUCUACUCCAGAAAGAGGCCGAAGGUCUGCCUGAAAAUGAUGUAAGGCAGCCCUGGAAAUCCAAAGAGGACUACUUGAAGGCUCAGUACGAGAUCCUUCGUCGUGAGGGCACUGAAGGUUUGCGAUUCGCUGUCAACAAAUACAUCUACAACAAUAACCACGGACUGCGCCAGGAUGACGAUCAGCACAUGUUCGUUUAUACCCAGGUUCGCAUCAAGUCGUACAUCAUGACAACACUAGGACCUCUUGCGCGUGUUGAGUUCAUGCCGCAGCGAGCCAUCAAAUGGCUGAAGUCCGGUCGCCUAAAACCCGGCAGUCUUCUUGCCCUCACCACCAAAGCCGACAAGUUCAAGACCAUCUGCAAGGUCGCCGUGGUUGCCCAAAGACCGUACCUGCUUGGACUUGAUCAAACCCCUCCACUCGUCGACCUCAUGUGGGGCAACCCAGAAGAUGCCGUCUUCGAUUGUGAUCUUGAACUUGUUAUGAUUGAGGCUCAACACGGCUAUUUUGAAUCCUCGCGUCAUUCUUUGGUCGGCCUGCAACUGGCUGCGCAGGCAGAUCACAGGGAAAAUGAGACACCAAGCUUCAUAUACCAAAGCCCUAUUAUGGACUUCACUUCUGUUGUGCGCCAACCCCUUGCGGACCUUGAGAAGCUCAAAUCCCUGCGCGAGUUCAAUGUACUCUCUGGACUCCUCCCAAAAGAUGUGGAAAGUAUCAGCUUUCUCGACGCCUCGCAACUAUCCGCUCUUCAUCGAAUGGUCUCCAAGGAGCUUGCCAUCAUCCAAGGCCCUCCCGGAACGGGGAAAACUUUUACCUCGGUGGAGGCAAUCAAAGUCAUGCUUGCGAGUCGCCGGAAGCGUCCAGGACACAACCCGCCCCUCAUUGUCGCUGCGCAGACAAAUCAUGCCUUGGAUCAGCUGCUUGGCCAUUGUCUUGAGGCGAACGCAAGGAUUCUGCGUCUUGGCUCAAGAAGUGAGAGAGAAGACAUGAGGCCUUACAGCUUGUAUGAGAUGCGCCGCAAAUGCUCCCGUGGUGGGGGUGGAAAGCGGUUCAGGGAACUGGAGGAUGACCGUCAUACCAACAUCGACAGAGUAGAGGCGCUGGUCAACAGUGUUUUUGGGGACAGUCUCAUCGACCCACGCCAGCUUCAUGCACAUGGCAUCAUUACCGAAGCGCAGCUGGAGUCUUUGUACGAUGAUGAAAUGGAGACAAGCCCGGAGUUGGAGAAGCUUGGUCCCUUUUCCUUAUGGUUGGGAGACUCACGAAUCCCGGCUCGGAUCGUUCGCGACAGGCAGCCUCUCAUAUCCGAAACAUUGGAAGCUGACGAGGACUUCGAUUAUGAGCGCGACGUAGAGAACAUCGCGUACGAUGAAGAAGACGCAGACAGGAUAAACGGCAAGGAAAUCAAAUUGAUGCAUAUAUGGACCGGAAAAGAGCCUGGACACUUCAAAAGCUGGAAUCAUCGUGCACAACGCUUGCUCAGAGAGAAUGAUAACCUCUUUGAUAUACCCCAAGACUGGAGGGGUGCAGUUUACCAGCAUCUCCAGUCCAAACUGGUGCAAGAAACCACUCCGACGCUGGCUGGGCUGCUGGCCAAAUACGUUGAGAUAUGCAAGCGGCGCAGAGCACUCAAAGCCCGGCAAGAUAUUGACAUGGCCUUCUCACAAGAUAUUGCGGUCAUCGGCUGCACAACAACCGGCCUUACAAAAUACCGCGCGUUUCUGGCCGGGCUACAGCCCAAAACCCUGCUUAUCGAAGAAGCUGCCGAAACAAGGGAAGGCAACAUUACCUCGGCCCUGUACCCUUCCCUUCAGCAGCUCGUUCUGGUUGGUGACCAUGCACAGAUGUCGCCCCGAUGCGACAUUCGAUGGCUCGGUCAACAUCCUUACAACUUGAACGUCUCUCUGUUUGAAAGGCUUAUCAACCUUAACAUGAAUCACAUCAUGCUCAAUCAACAGCGCCGCAUGCGGCCGGAGCUGAGACACAUAGUCUCUCCAUUCUAUAAUAACCUACUCGACCACCCCAGUGUUCAAUCUCCGCAAGCACGUCCGGAUGUCCCUGGGAUGGGUGGGCGCAAUUGCUGGUUUUUCGAUCACGAAUGGAUUGAGCGAACGAAUUCUGACAACAGCAAACUCAACGACCAAGAGGCUGAGAUGAUCACCCUCUUCUUUGUGUAUCUUGUGUCUAAUGGUGUGUCUAGUGAAAAGAUAACCAUUUUGACAUACUAUAGGGGCCAACGAAGUCUUCUCUUGAGAAGACUAAAAGGGCAUCCAUCGCUCACUGGCUGUUACUUCAACGUUUUUACAGUGGACUCGUACCAGGGUGAAGAAAAUGAUGUUGUUCUCUUGUCUCUGGUGCGUAGCCCUGACCCAGUCUAUGGGCGCAACAUCGGCUUUCUUGACAACCCACACCGAGCUGUGGUUGCUAUCAGUCGCGCUCGGCAAGGGUUCUACAUAUUCGGCAACGUCAAUAACUUACUCGAGGCUAAAACCGAAUCUUCGUUUCUAUGGGGUCUUAUUUUCAAUAGAUUCGCCGAUCAGGGCAUGGUCAACCGAGAACUUGGGCUUCCUCUGGUUUGCCAGAAUCAUGGAAAUGAAAUCUGGAUCAAGGAGCUAGAGGAUUGGGCUGACAAUACUGGUGGCUGUCACGAAAGAUGUCGAGAGACUAGGCCUUGCGGCCAUCCUUGCACUCUAAGAUGUCAUGCUAUCGCGCAUGAAAAUCUUCCCUGCAGCAGCCCAUGUUUCCAAAUCGUUCCUGAAUGUGGGCAUCCUUGUCACGGCCUUUGCGGUGAAAGAUGUUUCCACGACUGUGAGCGCUUCAGGCAAGCAAAAGCGUCGGUCAAGCAAGCGCAGAGGCAAGGUACAGACUCACCAAAGGGCAAGACCAUCGAAUCUCUUUUACUCCAGCAUGGCGCUCACGACUUUGGGCAUGAGGAGCCAGUCAAGCGCAAAAGUAUUGUAUCGACGGGAAGUCCUGGUCGUGGGCUUUAUAGUCAUUUCGGGGAGCUGCCAUUGCGUCCUAUUGGUGACAAUUGGAAGAAUGCCGAAGCCGUGAUCCAGCAACAGGACAGAAAGCUUGACAAAGAACUUGCAGAGAGGAACGAGAAGUGGCUCAGCCAGACUCAUCAUGUGCAAGAUCAAUGGAUGCCAACGGGCGUCACGGCUUCCGGGACUCGUAUUCGUGCUGGUCCAAUAAUCACUCAAACCCUCCAGCUUCUAAGCGACUUGCCGGCCAUGACCACCACGACCACCACAGCCGCUGUGACGGCUGGUUCUGGGAGCCAUUUGCGUACUGGCUCUGGUACUGGUCCAAUCUUUGCGCCCACACUGAAUCAGUUCCCCAACACCGCCCCUAUCGCUCAGCCUGAGCUUCUAAUUCAACUAGAGCAAGACGACUAUGCGGUCUCUGUGUCUAAUAUGAAACAGACAAUAGGAGAUUUGGAGAAUGAUGGAGAAAAGGACUGGUUGAUUGACUUUGAGGAACCCGAAUAGGGAGUCGCUACUUCUGAGGCUCAAGGGGCAUGCGUGUGUGUUCAGCGAUAUUGGCCUCUCCCAGGCUUUUGACCACACCAUCGCACUGUUCAGAGAACAUUAUGACGAUAACAUAGGCCCUCAAUUCUUACAAAGGCAAGGGCAUCCGUUUUUAGGUGGUUGAGAUCUCUUCUAUGUCUGGACCACCGACGACCUCACUGUCAGCUUGAGGUAAGCAGGGAAAGAGAAUAGGAGAAAAGGAAGUGGACAUUCAGAGGCGACAAAAGGAGAUGCGCGGCAACGCAACUGAACGCGGAGACGACGGCGGGGGCCCCAGGCAGAGUUCUCUUUUCUUCUCAACGGUCUAUCACCUUGAAAACCGUCUGUCUGGAGAUAGGGUUUAAUGGC